AUUGCGAAGUAGAAUAUCGGAAAGCUCUCAUAAAGAAGACCGAGAGGCAAACAGCGAGCUAAGGCUCCGCUCCCCUUCAAAUCCCUACUUUUUGACUGAUCCCUUCUUCUCCACCUCCCAAGUCUUCGUUCCUCUUCUACCCAUGAAACUUCGCGGUCAAAUAGAUAUUUGAACCGGCUUAGAUCGGCAGAUUUUGAAGUUUCUGCGGUGAAAUUGGAGGGAUGGAAGUGUUUUUCCGGCGAUUGAUGGCGGUUUUCCGGUCAAAGAUGUGAUCUUGGAGGAGGUUGCUUAAUCGAACUGGCUUUCAGCCCAUCAUCUUUCAAUACUUCUUUUGCUUGUGUUUCUUCAACCUCAUAAGAAGAAAUCCUCUACAUCCCACAGGCUUCCACUAAUCCAUCUCGGCCACUGAAAGCUACAAAUUUUAACUUCUAAGCCACAAAAUGCAAUCAAAAUCCAGAAUACAUGCAGAUUCGCCCCUUCAAGAGGACCAAUUUGAUCGAAUUCCUGACCCUCUCAUCCUCCAAAUCCUUAAUUAUGUUGCCGACAUCCGUGCUCUCGGCCGCUGUGCGGCUGUUUCCAAGAGGUUUAACUCUCUUGUCCCCCUUGUCCACGAUGUAUACGUCAAGAUCGACCGCGUCGUAACGGUGGACGGCGACACCUCCGAUGACUCCCUAAACCUCUCCUCCUCAAAGCCUAGGAACCUCUUCUCCCAUCUUCUUAAAAUCCUGCUUCUCACCUUUCUCAAACCAUUCCACAAUCUCCAAAACUCAGGCAGCUCAAACAAGCCCCUCCUCCCCCAGCUAUCCCACCACUCCCCAGCCCAAGUCCUCAAGAACUUCGCGCACGUCCGCAAUCUCCGAAUCGAGCUUCCGGCAGGCGAUGUUGGCACCGAGGACGGUGUGGUGCUCAAAUGGCGAGCCGAAUUUGGGAGCACGCUCGAAAAUUGUGUGAUACUUGGUGGAACCAGGAUUGAAAGAAAACUGAAUUUGAGUGAUCAGGAUUCUUCUUCUUCGGCUGAGGACAAUGGGAGCAUACCAGAGUCAUUUUAUACGAACGGCGGCCUGAAAUUGCGCGUUGUGUGGACGAUUAGCUCGCUGAUUGCUGCUUCCACCAGGCAUUAUCUUCUUAAGCCAAUAAUUAAGGAUCAUCCUACACUGAGAAGCUUGGUUCUUACCGAUGCUGACGGGCAGGGGACGCUGAUAAUGGGUGAGGAGCAGCUGAGGGAUUUCAGGGAGAAGCCAUUGGCAGCUUCAGCAUCGGCGAAUCGAACACAGGUGCCCGCAUCGAAUAUGAAGCUGAGAUAUGCUCCUUACCUGGAGCUGCCUGAGGGAAUGGGGAUGCAAGGAGCUACUUUGGUAGCAAUCAGGCCUUCGAACGAUGGAUGUGCAGCCACCGUCGGCAGCACAGGUUGCGGCGGUGGCUGUCAUGGUAGCACUCGGAAGGAGAUCGAGGCAUUCGUUAGCGGGGCGUUCGAUGGGCCUUUCAGGGCUGCUGUAAAGGCCCUAUUGAAGCGGAGGACUUACUUGCUGGAGAUGAAUGGGUUCUAAAUCUUCUAGUUAGCUAACAUCAACAUGGUUUUGAAAUGAUCAAAGAUGCAUCUUUGAUGAUGUUUUCUUUUGUUUUUGGAUCAAAAGGUGAGUUUGGUAGUUUUUUAAGAAAGUUUGAAUCAUCUCUCCUCUCUGCAUUGAGCUGUAUUGGUUGUUCUGAACUUAUUUCACUUUAAGAUGUAUAAUACAUUAAUAACAGUUGGCUAAAUCUUCUCAAGAAUACUGAAUAUUGAUGAAACAUUAAACAUCUUUGCUUCAAA